AUGAUGAACGGCCUUCAAUCAGUGGAAAGCUGGCGGUCCUACUUUGGGGAACCAAAGGGAGCAACCCUGGGUCUUUUCAAUGCGGCGUACCCCAUUGGGGGCCUGGUCGCUACUCCGUUCAUCUCUCUGGUCAACGACGGUUUUGGACGACGGUUUGGUCUGACCCUCGGGGCAGGUAUAUGCUGUGUGGGCGCAGCUGUCCAGGGAGGCGCUCAGAACCUGGCCAUGUUUGUGGUUGCCCGUGGGAUUCUGGGCUGUGGAGCGGUCUUUCUGGGCUCGUCUGGCGCUCCACUGCUGACUGAGAUUGCGCAUCCCGCUCAUCGUGCCACAGCAACCGCCUUGUUCAACACGACAUAUGCCCUGGGCGCUAUCAUCGCGGCUUGGACAACGUUUGGCACCUUUCGCAUUGAUGGGAGUGCUGCGUGGCGUAUUCCGUCCGCUCUUCAGGGAGUUCCGUCGGUUGUGCAACUGCUGGGUCUGUGGUUCGUCCCGGAAAGUCCGCGCUGGCUGGUAUCCAAGGACCGCGGCGACGAGGCGCUGCAGAUUCUCGGCAAAUAUCACGCCGAAGGUGAUGUCAACGAUGCUUUGGUCCAGUUUGAAUUCAACGAAAUCAAAGAGGCCCUUGCGUACGAACAGAGCACGAGCAGAGGCAGUUGGCUCCAGGGUUAUCUCGAGUUCACCCGUUCGGCAGGCAACCGCAAGCGUCUGUUCAUCUUGCUCUGGAGUGCAUGUUUCGCCCAGAUGUCGGGCAAUGCCUUCAUCUCCUAUUAUCUGGCCCCCAUCCUCACGAGCGUAGGACUGACCUCGAGUCUUGAACAAACCUUGAUCAACGCCACGCAGCAGAUGCUCUCCUGGCUCUCGGCUUUAUACUUUGCCACUCUGCCCCAGAGACUUGGACGUCGCGUCCUAUUCCUCGGGUCCGGCGUUGGCAUAUUCCUGUGUUUGAUUGGUAUCACAACUGGGAGCGCCGUAUUCGCUCAAGACGCCUCCAACAAAGCCGCAGCCGGAGCAGUCGUCGCUUUCCUCUACCUGUUCUCUCCGGCGUACAACUUUGGUAUUAAUGGGAACCUGGGGUUGUACAUUGCGGAGAUCCUCCCCUUCCACCUCCGCAUGCGCGGCCAGGCCUGUUUUCAGCUCUUCUCCACCUGCUUCACACUCCUCUCCACCUAUGCAUUCCCCGUUGGGCUUGAGGAUAUGGGCUGGAAGUUCUACAUCAUCUUCAUCCCUUGGGUCGUUAUCGAAUUCACCGUCGUCUAUUUCGUCUAUCCGGAAACCAAAGGCUUUGCUCUCGAGGAGAUUGUAACGCUGUUCGAUGGGGUGAGAGAGGAAACGGCGGGUAAGACAGCGCUGGACAAGAACAUGAUUGAUGUGGAACAUGCUGAAAUCAAGGAUUGA